GAAAACCCACAGGUGGCCAACACUGGUCACUCUUCAGGCUUCAAUAAGCAAAGGACACUUGAUUUAAAAAAUCAAGACUUAAAAUAUCAGCAAGGACUGCAAGGAGUGCAAAAUGGGUGGAGGAGGAAAAUCUGGGUAGACAGGGAGCAGAUUCAGCCCUGGGCUUGUUCCCAGCCCUUUUCCCCUUUGCCCCUUUUCUCUCCUCAGCUCUGGAGCUGAGUUUGCUGGGAAUACAAUAGCUAUCAUAUAUUUACAUGGAGGAUUGCAAUAGGGAAAUGAGUCAGUGGAAAAAGUAUUUUGCAAUUUUAAUCAAUUUUAUUGCUGCCUGCCAACAAAUUAACAAACCUGCCUUGCAUCCCUGUGGAUGCAGGAGUGGAGUUCGGCCCUGGGGCUGAGCUCCUGCCCCACAUCUCCCUGCAUUGCAAGGAAGCCCUUUUUGCUCUCCCCAGCCCAGGAUUUCUGCUGCAGGCUUGGUGUUGGAAGAACUCCCCACCUGCUUUCCCUCAGAUGGAUGCAUUCUGCUUAUGACCAUCUCAUCAGAGCAAAAACACCAAUGCAAAAAGGGAUGGUUUUCAGGGAUCUUUAGAAAUCAUUUGUUCCCUUUCCAGUAUCUCCUGUAGCUAUGAUUUCCUGCUCUAGUUCUGUUGUUACAUCCAGUUUCUGUGGACUUUUACCCAGAAAAUGCCAUGCCAGUGUUUGCUGCAAAGGAAAUUCAUUAAAUUGCACUAAAUUUAGCAUUUCUGCAGAAGGAACCUCUUUCAUCUCCCAGCCCAGACUGCAGUUGGAGCUGUGCUGUGCCUGGUUGGACAAAACCAUCCCAUCCCCACGUCCCCUUGUUCAGCUGCAGACAGGGUUUUUUGUACUGGGGAGGUUUCACUGUCCUUUGUAAGGGCAGAUUUCAUGUUUGCAGGGCUGCACCAUAAAAGCAGGCUGUGUGAAUGCCUGCAGAUCAUAAAGUGGUGCUGGGCUGCACCACGACAAAAUUCCCCAGGUCAAGGUGCUGUGGCCCCACACUUGGGAGUCAAGGACUCCUUCUCUGCUUGAGUUUACUCAAUUUUAUAGGAAGAAAGGAAUGGCUGUAAUACGUGUCAAACAUCUUACAGAUGUAUUGUAAGGGGAUUUGUAAAGCUUAACAGCACCAGGAAAAUGACAGAGCCAGACAGCAAUUCCUUUCCUUUCUCCAUUAUUUCUUAAUUGCCUGUGUAGAAAAGUGGGAUUUAUGGUGGCACACGCUGUGUGGGUAGUGCUGGAGGGAGGCUGGGAUAGGGAGGAGGGGAUCUCCUUCUCAUUUCAUUAAUGACUGGCAUGUUUGCACCUGAGCCAGAAGUUAGCAAUUUGUGGUGAUAAAAUGAGAAGGAAUGCCAUGUGGGUCCAUCUCCUCAUGUCCUUGGGGAAACCUAAAGAACAAACCUGCCCAAAUCAUGCCGGUCUUCAUGUUUGCACACAAAUGGAGGUGGCUACAUCAGGUUGCCCAGAGAGGUGGCGGAUUCCUCAUCCCUGGAGACCCCCAAGGUCAGGCUGGAUGGGGCUCUGAGCACCUGGUGGAGCUGUAGGUGUCUCUGUGCACUGGGGGGAGUUGGACCAGAUGGCCUCUAAUGAUCCCUUCCAACUCAGACAAUUCUACAAUUCUACGAAAUCCAUAUGAAUUUGCACAACAUUGGGGCUGAGAAAUAUCCUCUGAAACCUGUCAGGCUGUUACUUGAGCCAGGAGGAGGCAAGGCUGAGCAAGACGUGAGCCUGGCAGCAAUACACAACUUUCUAGCAAGAGCAAACAGCCCUGAUAUUUCCCCCAAACAUCGGGUGUCCAUCUGCCAAGCGCUGUUGUGUUGUAGCAGUAUAGGAGAACAGUGCACAACUUCGUAAGGAGAAGGGAAGAAAGCUGAUGGAAACAUGGAAAAACAGUAAUUCCUGUUUAAAUUACUGUGGGUGGUUUAAUUAACCCCAAAAGGGUGGUUGGGUGCUGGUCCUUGGUGCAGUAGGGGUGGGGAACAGAAGAUAAGGAGGAGACAAAAAAAAGCAGCAUUAUGUGUAAAGGAGGCUUGGUCUGCUGGCUCAGCAUGGGGUGGGGUUCAGGAGGCUGUCCCGUCCCAUCCAGCACCGCUCAGAGCUGCUCCUACAGGGCUUCCCAAGGAGCACCAGGUGCCCGCUUGCGUCCUGUGGCAAUGCCGCCCCACAGCGAUGCAGGGCCAGUCGCCGGCCCCCCGGAUGGUGGCUGGGGCUGGGUGGUGGUCUUCGGGGCUUUCAUUUCUAUCGGCUUUGCGUAUGCCUUCCCCAAAGGCAUAGCCAUCUUCUACAAAGAAAUCCAGGAUUUCUUUGGCACGUCCUAUAGCGAGAUCGCGUGGGUCUCCUCCAUCAUGCUGGCCACGACGUACGGCGCAGGUCCCAUUAGCAGCAUUUUAGUGAACCGCUAUGGCAGCCGACCCGUGGUUAUCCUCGGAGGCCUGCUGUGUGGCAUUGGGAUGGUCUCAGCUGCUUUCUGCACCAGCAUCGUGCAGCUCUACAUCUGCGUGGGCUUCAUUACAGGACUGGGACUUGCUCUCAACCUCCAGCCAUCAGUGAUAAUCAUAGGGAGAUACUUUUUGAAGAGAAGACCUAUCGCGAACGGCCUUGCUAUGACAGGGAGCCCUGUCAUGCUUUGCACCUUGGCUCCUCUCAACCAAUUCCUUUUUGACAAUUACGGCUGGAGGGGCAGCUUUUUAAUUCUUGGGGCAAUUUUAUUACACUGCUGUGUUGCUGGAGCUCUCUUCAGACCCAUCAGUGCAGACAAAGUCUCAGUCAAACCCCAGUCAGCUGGGGAAGGGAAGGAGAUUCUGAAAGAAGAGGUCACUAAGGAUGCCAAAGAAAUGAACAGUCCCACUAACAUCUGUAUGGAGACCAAAACAGGAGAGGAGGAAGAAAGGGACUGUUGUGAAAAAUUCAAUAAGUACCUUGAUUUUUCCCUCUUUAAGCACAGAGGGUUCUUGAUUUACCUGAUUGGAAAUGUGCUCAUGUUCCUGGGCUUCUUUGCCCCCAUUGUUUUUCUGGCACCCUAUGCAAAGCACAUUGGCAUUGAUGAAUAUUCAGCUGCUUUCCUCCUUUCAAUUCUUGCCAUCGUGGAUAUGGUUGCCAGGCCGACCACUGGCAUCAUUGCAAACAGCAAGUGGGUGAGGCCACGGAUUCAGUACUUCUUCAGCUUCUCCAUUGCUUUCAAUGGCACUUGCCAUCUUCUGUGCCCACUGGCUUCUGGCUACACAGGGCUCAUCAUUUACUCUGUCUUUUUUGGCUUGGCCUUCGGCAUGGUUUGUGCCAUGCUUUUUGAAACUCUCAUGGACCUCGUGGGAGCUUCCCGCUUCACAAGCGCUGUUGGCUUGGUCACCAUAGCAGAGUGCUGCACGAUAUUGCUGGGACCACCCAUUGGAGGAACACUUAUCGAUACUUUUGGGGACUAUAAAUAUAUGUUCAUUAAAUGUGGGGCUGUGAUGGUCCUGGCAGGAACGUUCCUGUUCAUCAUGAACUACUAUAAUUACCGUAUGCUUGCGAAGGAGGAGAAGAAAAGAAAGGAAAAAGAAGAGGAUACUAAGCCUGUAAGGACAGAAAACGAAGGCAGAAAUAACUGGAACAAAGAACACGUGCAGGAGGGACCUGAGUUGGAACCUCUGAGAGAGGAACAAGAAGGACUAAAGAAAGAAGUAAAUGGCACAAAUGAAGUUUAAACCAGUUCUUGUGGCUGGACAGGGAAUUACCUCCAUGUUGCUUAUGUUGGCACUAGCUGUGAAAUCACACCAGAUUUUCUAAAUUUUGUCCUGUACUUUGCCAUGUGUUUUCUUUGUCUUAAGAGAAGACUAGAACACAAACAAAUUUAGUUUCUUAUAAAGUGCUGGGACACACAGAGCAGCAUCCAUCCACGUACCAAAGGAUCUGAACCAUUUUUCUUCAGACAUUUCCCAUUUUCCAAAGGGCCUGUAAUCACUACCCUACUAUUAUUCCCAGUACUAUAGCUCUGUUUGGUGAAAAGGACAAUGACCAGCAGGGUCAAUGCUGAGCCCUUCCACCAGCUUCUAUGGGCUUUGCAUUGAGCACUGUGGUGGCUGGAUCUACUCACCAUGCAGUCCAAACACUUAGACUUUUUGAUUGCAUCAUCAGAAUUAUCCCAGGAAUUUGGUACCACCUCUAUCUCACGGGAAAAGAAAAUAGACCAGAUGCUCAUCUGAAAUACACAAGCUAGAGUCAACUGAACACACAAGGGCAGUGCGUGCCUGUGCUAGCAGCAAAGCAGCCUGUCCCUGUGGCCAGAGCAUGCUAGGAAGGAGCUGACUCGGAGUGGCUCAUGGUAGCUUGAGCAUGGACUUUAUCAGGGACCUCUGCAUUUGGCAAAAUCGCAUUUUUCAAGGGGAAUACAUCAAGCUCACAUGCUGCAGGAGUCCUUAUUCCAGGUCAUUUGUCUGUGCAGGGCAGAAACUUAGUCUUAAACUGCUUAAAUUUUGUUCAAGUUUUUUUUUUAUUAUUAUUUUUUUUCCCCUAUGAGGUCACAUAUUACCAAUAUCUAAGUGCCUUACAGUUUUUAGUUUUUUACAACACCCUGGUGAAGCAAUAAUUACAACUAGUUAACUGUACAACUGAAAUGGGCAUCAAGUCAGUGAAUAAAGCUUAGACAUGAUGUAGCUGAAAUGGGAUCCAUUGCCCUGAGUCAGGAGCCUUGGCCAUAUACAGAAGAAAGCAAUCAGCAGCUGAGGAAAGGAGCUGACAGCCUGCCACCUGAGCACAGGCAUCCUACUGCUGGAAAAUAGAAAAUACCAGCAAGUGUGCAUUAAACUACUGCCUGCCUCCUUUGUGCUUUGUUCUAUUUAAACUUAAUGAUUUAAAACACUGUCCUAGAGAUGGAACUUUGUGCAUUCAGCCUGCAGGGAAUCUGAACACAGCUGCCUCCUCCCAGCCAGUCACCAAUGGUGCUGCAAUAUACCUGGUGGCCUCAUGCUAUCCUGCUGCAGGAAAUACUGCUUCCCUGGGUCAAUGUUGCAGAAGUGGAACAAGGCCAUGUAGGAAUCUCUCCUCUGCUGGUGAUAAUGUUGAUCCGGGGUCUGACAGCAAGCGCUGAUAUAUUUUGUAAUAAGCAGCCAUUGCCUGAGAGCUGUGGAUGCUGAGCAUGGCAUCCCAUAGUUGAAUCAUAAGUCUUUUCAAGUUUAGCUCCAAGUGGACAGAUAAAAACAAAGACUUUGGAGGUAGAAGACCCAAACCUGAAGGUAUCAGCUGUCCAUAGGGCAGCUAUCACCUUUCUUUGCAUCAGUGGAACCCAUGUGACCAAAUAAAGUUGUCUUUUUCUUUUUUUUUUUCCCCAUAUCUUUCUCACCCAAGAACCGUAUUUAAUUAUCACUUACAUACAUGCUAUGAAGAAUGACUUGUAAAAAUCUUGCCACAGAUACAACUGUCCUCUUAAAUGUAGAUCACUCACAUCUCCUAGCAAAGUUCUACAAUGAAACCUUUUGUUUCACUGAAGAAUGAUGGUUUUUAUCUAUUGACAGCAGUAGGACUCAAAUUUAUUCCUUAUAUUGCAUUUCUUGGAAAAAAAACAACAACAAAAACAACCAGAAUUUGUACAAUAUAUUUAGCAUUUUGUUGCUGUUGUUGGUUUUUUUCUUUUUAAUGUUCCUUAUUUCUGUCAAAUGUAUCUAUGGAUGUUCAGUAAGAAAGGUGUUAAUAGGAGAUCCUGAACAUCUUCUAAUGUACCUUCUGGAUGCUUUGAUAUGCUUAAUAAAUGUCUUUAAAA